AUGAAAAAACCUUUAUUGAUAAUUUUUGUGCUAUUUUGCAUUAUAAACGCAUAAUAAGAAGAACAUAAGAUAUUAAAUAGAGAAAUCCUUAAGAAUAUCGCUUCAUAUGUAGGAAUAGAGUUACCACAUGACUUACAUUUGUUCUGUUUACCUUGCAAAUUGAUGAUGAAAUAAGUUUAAAAAUUUUCUAAGAACACUUUAAUGUCUAUAGUAACAAAAGAAUAUGUAGCACUGUGCCCUAAGUUUAAAAAUCCUUUAAUUUGUGAAGGUAAGAAACAAAAAUAUCUUGAUUAAUUUGCAGUUCAAUUCAUUGACAAUUAUUUGAAACCAUCAAAUGCUUGUUAAGUUUUAGGGGCUUGCAAAUUGGAACAUGAACCUUAAACUUUAAAGGAAUAUAUAAAUGAAAUUAUGGUUGAUAAACUUUCGAAAUAGGAGUAAUAAAGAUGGAAAGAAAGAUCUGAAGCAUUGCUUAUCAAUAAUGAGGAUUAUAAAGUGGUAUAAUAUUCUGAUUUACAUGUUGACACUGAAUAUACUGUUGGAGCUGAUGCUUUUUGUGGUAAUUAUAACUGUUGCAGAAAGGAGAAUGGUAUACCUAAGGACUCUAGCAAGGGUGCUUAAUAUUGGGGUACCUUAGCUAGUUGUGAUUUACCGUUUAGAACAGUCUAAAAUUUAUUAGAAUUCACAAAAGAGAAAAUAAAACCUGAUUUUAUUCUUUGGACAGGAGAUAAUGUAGCUUAAUAUCGAUGGAAUCAAUAGAAAAAUCAAACUGUUCCUACAUAAAUGAUUACAUAAGAAAUUUAAUAGCUUAUGCCGAAUACCAAUGUUUAUGGAAUAUAUGGAAACCAUGACCUUUAUCCUAGUGAUUAAUAUGAUAUGAUUGGAGAAUCCGCUUAGUCAUUCAGAGAUGCAAUAUCAGAAACUUGGAAAUAAUACCUAAGUCAAGAGGCAUAUUACUAAUUAAGAAGAAAUGGAUUUUAUUCUUAAAUUGAUGUGGAGAGAAAUUUAAAGAUUAUUGCUUUAAAUUCUUAGGCUUAUGAUUUUAAUAAUUUCUUCUUAAUGGAAGGAGUGACAGAUCCAAGAGGAAUGUUAAAUUGGUUGACAAAAGAAUUGAAGGAUUCAGAAUCAAAAAAUUAAUUUGCAAUUAUAAUUGCACACAUUCCACCAGGUGACAUUUCAUGUAAUUCAUAAUGGGCAGAUAGAUUUAGUGUUAUUAUUGAAAGAUUUGAGCAUGUAGUUUCUGGAUUAUUUUAUGGACAUACACAUUCUGAUUAAAUUUCUCAUAUAAGAUCAAGGAUUGAUGGAAGAUACAUUAAGACUAUAUACAUUGCACCUUCAGUAACUACCAAUUCAAGGUAAAAUCCAUCUUUUAGAGUAUUCUAAUUUAAUGGAAAAACAAAUUAAAUAUUAGAUUACACUUAAUAUAGAUUAGAUAUUGCAAAAGCUAAUAAGGAUGGAGAGCAUGCCAUUUUAAAUUGGGAUAUAGCUUACAACUUUUUAGAAUAUUAUGGAUUAUAAAGUUCAAGAAUAGAGGAUGUCUCAACUUUAGGGUAUAGAUUGACACAUGAUGAAGAAUUGUUAAGAAAAUAUAUUUAUAGUUAUGCAACAGGAAGUGAAGUUCGUUAUUAAAAUCAUUUAAAAGAUUUGAAAAAGUUAUUCUUAAAGAAGGGAACAAGAAACUAUUUCAUUUGUGGAGUUGACACUGCUACUUUUGAUGAUUGGUUUUAAUGCAUUGGGCUUUUUGAAAUUUUAUAGGACUCUGAUAACACAAGGUAUAAGAUCUAUGAAUUAUUUUAUGGGAAAUGGUUAAAGGAUUGA